AUGAAAAAUAUUUAUGAUGCCUCAACUUCUUGCGUUAGAACGACUGUUGGAGACUCUAAACUUUUUCGGGUUGAAAUUGGAUUGUAUCAAGGAUCUGCUCUAAGUACAUUUUUAUUCAUUAUUAUUAUGGACACAAUGGCGGGAGAUAUCCAAAAGCCAUCUCCUUGGUGUAUGCUAUAUGCCGAUGAUAUAGUACUAUGCGAAGAGACAAAGGAGAAAGUAUUCGAAGAAGCCGAAAAGUGGUCAAAGCGCUUAGCUGGAUAUGGUUUAAAGUUCAACAAUCGAAAGACUGUAUAUAUGGAGAUGAACGUUACAGGUACCCCAUCGCUGGAUGACCAAUUAAAGUAUCGAAAAGUUAACAGGUUUACAUACCUCGGCUCGAUACUACAGCACGAGGGAGGUUGCGAAAAAGAAGUCAAUGCACGGAUCCAAAAAGGAUGGCAUAAAUGGCGACGUAUAUCCGGUGUAAUGUGCGACAAGAGAUGCCAAUAUGGUUGA